GAAAGAUGAAGUUCCAAGCUUUCAACUUGCUUUGCUCCUUUAACAAUGCAGAGAAGCGAUGACUUGUUGCUCCUAGCCAUGUGAAAGAUGCCUUGGUCCUUGAGCUUCUUUCUCUCUCUUCUAUUCCAUUGCAUCCUCCUUGAACCUUCAUUUCUCUCUUUCUCUACACUCACUCCCAUCUAAUCUCUUCCAUUUCUCGGAUUCAUUUUUCCUUCCAUUUUUAUUAAAUUUGAAUCUACUUGCUUCAAUCAUUGGGAGGAAGGGAACCAUCAACUUCAUUUGUUGAACCCCAUAUGUUGUUUUAAUUCACAACUGUAACAUUUAUGGGACUCAAGCUCAAGACUAGACUACUUUGAUUGGUUUUUGUGGGACGCUUGCUGUUUUUCGGAAGCAUCCGCUGGAAUAAAGGAAAAAGGAAUGGGGUGCGCUUAUUCUGUGUAUGCACUUGGGAAGAAGAAUAAGAAGAAAGCCUGUUUCCCAGAAGUGGUGGUUUUUGUUCCUUCUGUGCGAAUUCCAGUUCAGUCUGAUCUUCAAAGGCCACUAAAGGGUCUGAUUCCUCCUCAGCUUAUUGAUAGAUUAUCUUGUUUGAGGAAUCAGAUUGUGUUAGUGGCUGAGGAUACUGGUGGAUCUGCCACAUCUGAGCUGCGGCGGGCACUAGAGGAGUACUUGUCACUUCUAAUUGGGCUCACUAACAAAGAAAAUGGUCUUGAGGACUUGGUGGAAUUCAAGUGGAGAAGUCUAGAAGAUAGAAGACAGGAAUCUUGUGUGGCAAAUGCCUGGUUUGAAUUAUUAUCUAUUGUUCAUAUGAUGGCUAUGCUAACACUGUCUGAGGCUGAUUCACUGAUGAUCCCCAAGGAUAAGUCUGGUUCUGGCUUUAGGGUUGUAUCUUCAGAUUGCAAGAGGGAUGCUGUUGACUUAUUGCUCAAGGCAUCUGGAUACCUGGAAUUCUGUCUUCGGGAUGUACUUCCUCGCAUGCCACUUGAAAUCAAGAGAAGGUUGCCAAAAGAUUUUCAGGAGGGUGUACUGGAAGCUAUUUCCAUUCAAGCAUUAGGGCAGGGAACUGAAAUACAGCUCGGUUUAGCUGUUGAUAGUCAAAAGGCCAAUUUAUCAGUGAAGAGGAGGCUGGCAUGUGAACAGCUAAUCUAUUUCAGUCAGGCUUAUCAAUGCUUGUCUGGGUGUGACUUUGGCCAUGUAUCUGGGAAGAAACAUUUAUGGUUCAUCAAAUGGAAAUUCCUUGAAGCAAAGGCUGCCGCUUACUACUACCACGGUCUUAUCCUCGACAAGGGAAAUGAACAAUCCUCACAUGUUGCUGCUGUGUGCUGUUUCCUAGCUGCUGAAGAACUGCUUGCAGAGAGUAAGAAGGUAUUGUUAACCUUUUGCCUUGCAGCUCCUGUGACCAGGGGUCCUCCUCUUUGGGGAGUUAUGAAGCAUUUACAUCAGAAAAUACCUGAAGUUGCAUCAAGAAAGUCUCAGAUGUAUGGCUACCUCUUAGAACAUGAAAAGGCUCUCCAAUCAUUACCUGACCUGCCAGAUUUUCAACUAUCAUUGACACCUGAUGACUACGGACUUCCUGAAAUUGAUGCAGCAUGGAAUAGAGAAAACUGGGAAAACCAGAGCCAACUCCUGAAAGAGCAUCUCAAAGACUCUGAGGAUGAGGUGGAAAUAGAAUGAAAUAUAUAAAAGAUAAUCUCAUCUUUUCUUUUCUUUUAUUCCCCGUGGUUAACAUAACAUUGUUAUGCAUAAUGUAAGGUAAUCUAAAGUACUGCCACAAAGUAUGAAUUUUUGUUUUUGAUUGUGUUCUUUCUGAGAAUGUCAAUCAUCAUUAAUCCAUUGACAUCGUAUAAACAUUUAAAUCCUUU